AUGUCCGACCCGCUUCUCUUCGAAGAUACCUUCACGAUCACUGCGAUCAACGCCCAGAAGUACGACCGGGUAUCCCGUCUCACCUGUACCUCCAACGAUGCCUCCCUGACAUUCACCCUUGAUGUGAACUCCGAGCUGUACCCAUGCGCUGUCGGCGAGUCGCUCUCGCUUGCCAUUGCCUCGACUCUGUCUCUCGACGGCAAAGAGGAUACUCGCGCCAGCUGGAGGAAGUCAGCAUGGGCGACGCGACUCUCGCCGAUGACUACGACUAUGUUUGCCACGGCAAGGUUUACCGUUUCGAGGAGGGUGCCACUAAGGAUACUAUGUGAGGCUGUCUUUGUGUCAUUUGGUGGUCUUUUGCUCUACCUCGAGGGCCCCUACAAGAAGCUUGCUCCUCUCCGAAUCGAUCACGUUUACUUGCUUCUCAAGAAAUAGGUUAGCGGUUCUUGGGAUCAUUGCUUUUGGUGAAGUCUUUGGCAUGGGAUAAAUUUGGCUUUGGCUCUGACCUCCAGGCUGUGGCCGGGAAACAAAAGUCUAUGUAUUCGAAGGGAGAUGUUCAUGUUCUAAUCGGGUGCAGCGCAGGCGUUAUUUUUGCAUUUUGAUUUGGAUAUACCAAUAGAUCAUCAUCGAACUAAACAUGAUCUUCAUGAAAUUGAUGAUAUGAAUCUUGACUGUUGC